CCUGACGUCAUUCAAACGCGGCCAUUUUCGACAGGGCUAAUCGAGUUUGACUGUCGUUCUGGAGUUGAUUGGAUGCAAUUACAAAUUUACACGGACGUAUUGCCUAAGAAGACUAACGUGUCAGGCAAGAUUAAGGAAAGAUGAUGGAAGAGAGCGGAAUAGAGACCACGCCGCCCAGCACUCCUCCACCUCCCCUUAGCACCGCUGUUGCCAUCAGUCCACCACCUCUCACCGUGGGUCUUUCUAGUCCAGUGAACCUUCCUGGCACCACAGGCAUCUCUAGCUUUGCCCCUGAGGGCUUCUCCACACCAGCACCCCCUACAGCCGUGACCUCCACCUUGCCACCUAUUCAGUCUUCCCCUGUUCCUCCAUUUUCCCUCAGCCCCAUGAAGCCGCUGUCUACAGCCUCUCAAGGUUUUGCUCCUCCCCUGGCUGGGAGUGUGGCUUACAGCAGUCCACAUGUCCAUACUGCUCCACCUCCUUCAUGUCCGGUGAUGUCUACUCCGCCAGUGGGUCCACCCACUACCGGUUUCAGCCCUCAUGCAGCAUAUGACAUUACGCGCGGACACGCUGGCCGUACUCCACAGACUCCACUGAUGCCCAGCUUCUCCAGUGUGCCACCCAUGCCAGGUGUGGUCACAAACCCAAUGAUGCAACAGCCAGUGAUGUCUGGGGGUUUAGGGGUUGUCUCGCCGAUUACUUUCCCAGAGGAUCAUGAUGAUCCUAUAGCUAUACAGAACAGCACUUCUGGAGGUGGAAUAUGGGGCUUCAUCAAGGGUGUGGCAGGUAAUCCUAUGGUGAAGACGGUCCUGGACAAAACCAAGCACUCUGUGGAGUCCAUGAUCACCACAUUAGACCCUGGAAUGGCUCCAUACAUUAAAUCAGGAGGUGAUCUGGACAUUGUGGUGACCUCUGAUAAGGAGGUGAAGGUAGGAGCAGUGCGGGAUGCCUUCCAGGAAGUAUUCGGCAUGGCCAUGGUGACUGGGGAAGCAAGUCAAUCCAACAUUGCUCCUCAGCCACUGGGGUACGCAGCAGGAGUCAAGGGGGCCCAGGAGCGCAUUGACAGUCUACGCCGUACCGCAGUAAUCCACGAGAAACAGCCUGUGGUCUCUGUGGAGAACUUUAUAGCAGAGCUCUUCCCAGACAAGUGGUUUGACAUUGGCUGUCUGAUUCUGGAUGAUCCUGGCAAUGGCAUCCGCAUCGAAACCUUCACACAGACAACUCCUGUAGCUCUGGAACAUGUCCAACAGGCUCAGUCUCUCACCCCACCGGAUUACAGUCUGCGCUGGUCUGGGCUGCUCGUGACCAUAGGCGAGGUGCUAGAGAGGAACUUUCCCAACAUUAGCCGCACAGACUGGCACCUAGCCUUCACCGGCAUGUCCCGCAGGCAGAUGAUCUAUAGCGCUGCCAAAGCUCUGGCUGGCACAUACAAAAUGCAGCUGCCCCCCAGGACGAUAUAAGAACUUCUAAACACAUACUGUACUCUCAGUAAACCGACACUGCCUGUCAGGAAAUGGCGCCAAAAAAAAUCAUUGAUGCAUUGGAUGUCUCAGAUUUUUAAAAAAUUAGACGUUCGCUAAGAAUUCUGAUCAGGAUUGGUCCAUCUUUAAUACACAUGUAUAAAAGGAGGUUACUCGUGUUACAAUGGUGAAAAAAAAACUUUUUCUGAACAUUUUUUGAACUUGAUGUGUCUCAAAUGCAGUCUAGGUUAUCACUGAGAUUAAUGUGGAAAUGGAGCAUGGUGGAAACCAUGCUGAGGUCAACAGUGUGGCAGAUGAUCCUAAAUUACAUUGACACCCUGGUGUGACAUUAGAUUGCAAAUACCAGAUACUGGUACCAGUUUCUCGAUACCCGAGCAAGUAAAUUUAACAACAGUAUUGUUGUUUGUUGCUUUUGAAAUAUUCAGGAACGAACAAAUUACUAAUCCAACAAGGACUGAGGGAAUUGAUCCUGAUCUGAUCAGUAGACUGUAGCUUUUGUUAGAGAUUAUAAGAUUAGAUUAUCCAUCUAUUCAUUCGUUACUAAUCGUAUCAAUUAUUUUAAUACAACAUUGCCUUAUACAAAUAACUUUUUAUCAGGCCAAUCAGCAUCAAAACAACAUCUAUUUCCCAGCCAAAAAAAAGUAAUCAAAAAGGGCUUGGAGUAUGGAAAGCACCAGAUUAUUAUUAUUUUUUUUUUUUCUUUUUUUUUUUCUGUCACAACAGUUAUUUUAGUCAUGUACCAUGAUAUUUUUUUAUACUUAGCUUUUGUUCAUACAGAUUCAGACCUACAUGCAUGUAGUCACUGCAUUUUGCCAAUAGUUAUAUUCUAUCCACAGUUUCCCCAUGAAAAACUGUCUCAAUGUUCUUUAGCAUUUGUAGAAGUUUGUACGGAGUCUUUCAUACAGUCCGUCCAACUUGAAUGAAUUGAUUGAACUCAGGAUUGUAUUUAAUCCAUUUUAAAGCACAAAUUGUGCAAUAUAUAGAGAGAUAUUCUGCUACCAAAGGACUUUGCUUCAGUGCAAGUGCUUUUAAACAAAAAAUAAUUUCAUAUUUCUAAUAGAACAUUUGCCUGAUUUGCUGCUUAAAGAUUUUUACAUUACAUUUUUGUUUUGUAAUUUCAUUUGUAAAAGACUAAAUAAGAACACUUUAUUGUAGCCUGAUGACUGGUAACUUUUGUGUUCUUUAAGUACUUACCUUUUAAAGUAGUUCAUAUAGUGCAUAUUAGAAUAUUGAACAUUGAUGACAUUCAUGUCUUUUCAGGUGGGGGAAAAAAAAACGGGGUUCAUUUCUAGUUCCUAUUAACUGAAGUAAAAGAACCAAAUUUGUUUUUAAAUCAACUUAAACAUGAAGCUUGUACAGAAUUGUGAAGAUUGUCCUUGUUUAUUAUUCAUUUUACUGUUAAUGUUUGAAGAUUUGAAACCACUCGGAGUGAUACAGAAGCCUGGGGAAAUCUAAACGUCUCUGUGUAUGACCUCUGACAAUUUUCACUGUCUUUUUACUUUCUUUUUUAAUUAGUAUUUUUAUUAAAGAUGUGUAGUUGUGUACUAAUCACAAUCGAUCCCCAGAUGACUAAGAUAUUGAGUAUACAAUGUUUAAUGUGAGAAAAUGAUGAGAUCUAAGCAUGUAAUGAAAUGGAAGAACAGAUACUGCCUUCAACAAAAAGUGUCUUUUUUUUUUUUUUUGUUUUUUGUUUUUUUUUUGUUUUAUUGUUAAGACUGCAAUACCUAUGGAUGCAUAUCUUUGGACCUCCGAUAAUUGUAUUUCCUAAACAUUUCUUUUGUCCGCAGAGGAGUAAAGACUUUUCAGAAAA